GCGGCUUCCACGGAGAACUGGGUUCCGCGCCAGCCCCGGCUCGAGGAGCGCCCGGACCACUGCCCCGCGGAGAGCGGCUGAAGUCAGGGUUACAACUCACCUUGGAACUGGGGCGCCAGACCUCCUGUAGGCAGGGCGUUCUCCCCACCGCUCCCCCCCCACCCCAUCCCCGGUGACAUCAUCUGUUUGGGGCUGAGUCGCUCCAUAAAAGCAGCCCGCGGGAGGCCAGGAGCCCAAAGAACAGAGGUGCUGGCCGCGACGCCCUGGCUGUGCUCACAAGAUCCCGGUGAGAGCCGCGCCGGCCCCAGCGCCAGAGCCAGAGGGCGAGAAAGAGCUCAGCCGCCCGCAACCCGCGCUCUCCGCCCGCGCCGGGAGCCGCCCGAAGAUGCCUCUCCGCAGCCUACACGCGGCGGCCGUGCUCCUGCUCGUGGUCUUAAAGGAACAGCCUUCCAGCCCAGCCCCGCUCAACGGAUCCAAGUGGACCUAUAUAGGUCCCGACGGGGAGAAGAGCUGGUCCAAGACCUACCCUUCCUGUGGCGGCCUGCUUCAGUCCCCGAUAGACCUGCACGAUGACAUCCUGCGGUACAACGCCAGCCUCGGGCCCCUGGCCUUCCAAGGCUACAAUCAGUCUGCCAGUCCGCAAUUUGUCCUCACCAACAACGGCCACUCAGUGAAGGUGAAACUGCCCAAGGACAUGCAGGUCCGGGGCCUGGGGGCCCGCUACAAUGCCUCGCAGCUGCACCUACACUGGGGGGACAAGAACGACCCUCACGGCUCGGAGCACACUGUCGGCGGGAAGCACUUUGCUGCCGAGCUGCAUAUUGUCUAUUACAACUCGGACCGGUACCCCAAUGACAGCGUCGCCAAGGACAAGCCAGAAGGCCUUGCGGUCGUAGCUGUUCUCAUAGAGGUGGGCUCCUCCAAUCCAGCAUAUGACAAGAUCUUCGAUCACCUUAAAGAUGUAAAGUACAAAGGCCAAGAAGCGUUCAUUCCGGGUUUCAGCAUAGAAGAGCUGCUGCCAGAGAGACCUGAAGAGUACUACCGCUACAGGGGAUCCCUGACUACACCUCCCUGCUACCCCACUGUGCUCUGGACGGUGUUCCGGAACCCUGUGCAAAUUUCCCAGGAGCAGCUGAUGAAGUUGGAGACAGAUCUGUACUGCACGCACAUGGAUGACCCAUCCCCCAGAGAGAUGGUCAACAACUUUCGGCGGGUCCAGAAGUUUGACGAGAGGCUGGUGUAUGUCUCCUUCCAACAAGUGCCAGACCCUCCCUGCACAGGACUGAGUCCGGGCAUCGUCCUUUCCGUGGCCCUGGCUUGUGGUCUCGGCAUCUGUGUUGUCCUGGCGGUAUCCAUUUGGCUUUUAAGGAGGAGAAAGAGUAGCAAAAAAGGCGCCAACAAAGGAGUCAUCUACAAACCAGCCAUCAAGCAGGAGACCGAGGCCCAUGCCUGAGGCCCUGGCAGGCCCAGGCACGUCCAAGGGAGGACUUGGAUUUGGACGAAAACUGCUGUGGCUC